GCUUGAAGAUGGUAACCAUCUCUACUAUAAAAUCUUCAUCUACAUUGCUAUGGACUCCACAUUCAAAGGAGCUUCAAGUCUACAGUCAUUUGGAGAGUCAUCAUCUAACAAGAACUUCUGGUCCUCGGCUCAGCUUGUCUUGGAUGUCCCUCAUGCCGAUUCACCAGUCGUCCUACGCAAGAAGGAGCCUGGGAAGAGGAGUCAGCUAUGGCGCAUGACGUCGACCGGUCUGCUUCAGAACGAAGCAUUUGCUGCCCCCAGGGAUCCCGGUCAGAGGAGGAGCAGUCUGACUAAGAAUGGUCUGGUCCUGGACAUCAGCAAUGGUCAGUUCACGUCCAGAGAUGAGAUGAUCUUGAAGCUAAGAAGACCAGAUGAGGCGAGACAGAACACACAGACGUGGUACUUUGGCAAGGAUGGGCGACUGAGGUGUCAAGACAGUAAUUAUGUCGUUCAGCCAAAGUUUGGUCUACUCAGCCUCAAGGAAGGGAGUGAGCUAAUCCUGAUAGCCGGUGGCAGACUGGAUGUUUCGCAGGAUGAGAUACCUCUAGAGCAGGUCAUCACCAGACAGAAGAACCUUCCAGGAUCAGGCAACCUCGCUGUCCAGGUCGUAGCGGAUGGACCAACAAGAGUCCUCUACAUCAGUGACAACAUUCAGCAGUCUGCACCCCAGAAACCAGCCAGCGUCAUCCCAGGCUCUUCCGUAGAUGAGUUUGAGAUGGUAGAGGUCAAAGCUCGGAUGUCAAAGGUCACAGCAGAGAGCCAGAAUCAACAGGGCAGCACUUCCAAGAAGGGCAAAGAGCUAGAGAUUGCCCUAUGGUUGAAGGAAGGUGUUGGCCUGUCUCUGGUUAACAGAGCUCCUGAGGAGUUGGCUUAUAUUACCCUGUCUGGCAUUGAUGUCCAUUACAUACAGACAAGCAAGGAGGUCGAUCUCAAUGCUAGCGUCUGUAAAAUUCAGAUUGACAACCAGCUUGCUCAAGCCCAGAAGCCAGUCAUGUUAUUUGCAUCAGACAAAGAAGGUCGGCCAGCUCUCAGCCUAGUAGCUACCAAGCAGCUAGGGGGUUCCCCGACAGUGGAAAUCUACAAGAGAUUGGUCCUGACAGUCAGUAAGAUGACACUGAAUGUGGAAGAACUUCUGCUUCUCAAGCUGCUUCAAAUGAGUGGAUUCUCUCAACCAGAUAUCACCACGGAAACGACAGAUGAGACGCACUAUGAUACCAUCAGUCCCAGAGACAACAACCAGCCUACGAAGCGGUUCUUCUUUGAGACCCUGAAGAUCCACGCCAAGGACUUCCGUCUCAGCAUGUACACCUCUACCAAGAUCCCCAAAGACCUCAAUCAACUCAAGACAAGCAUGAGGCUCUUCUUGAUCCAGUUUGAAGAAGCCCCGGUCUCCUUGGAUCCCUUCACGAGACAACAUCCCUUUGAGACGCAGGAGUUUCUCUUGGAGUCUGUCGCCAAACACUACACAGAGGAGCUAAAGAGUCAAGCAGUGAAGAUUUUAGGUUCAGUGGACUUCUUGGGUAACCCCAUCGGUCUGCUCCAGGACUUUAAGGAUGGUCUCAAGGAACUGGUCUUAGAAGGGAGUGUGACGGGUCUGGUCAAGAAUGUGACCCAUGGCAUGUCAAACACAGCUGCAAAGGUGACUGGAACCAUCUCUGACGGGAUCGGGACGGCAACCUUUGACAACCGUCAUCAGGAGAUGAGGAGCGUGAUCCGAGAGACGCACGGGGGAACCAGCUCCGGUCAUCUGUCAGCAGGGGUCAAGGGGUUUGCGUUUGGAGUGGUCGGUGGACUGACCAGUAUGUUCACUCAGACCUACAAAGGAGCUUCAGAGGAUGGGGUGGAGGGACUGAUGAAGGGGAUAGGGCGUGGCAUCAUGGGUACCGUCACCAAACCAGCUGCCGGUCUCUUUGACCUCGCCUCGGGUACCAUGAAUGCCAUCCGUAGCUCCACCACCAGCGAGAGCCACCUGAUGCCCCCUAGAGUCAGACCACCACGGUGCUGUAGGAGUCCCUCAGGGGUGCUUGCUAGGUACUCAUUACACGACUCCAGGGGCAUGGAGUUUGUCAGUGUGCUCUGUGAUGGCACCAGUGGAGAAAGAUACUUCAUGAUGGACGAGUUACGGAACCACCCAUCGGACGGCAUGCAAGUCCUGAUCACCAGUGAAUGCACCUACUUCUUGUCCGUCAUAAACCUUCAGGAACCUGUUCUAAGUGUGUUCCAUUCCGAGCUCUUCCAUGCUAAACAUAUACUACAAGCUGGGAAGCAUUACAUAGAGCUGACCAAGGUGGCUAACACAGAGGCAGGUGUAUCAGCUCCUAGUCUGGAUCUCAAAGAAAGACCCAAGGUUGGGUGUGAUAAUGAACGCAUCGCCAAGAAGGUAUCCCAACAGAUCAACUAUGCUAAGAGCUGUUAUGAGGAACUCAAGCAACAAGUCAUUAUUAAGAGCGACGAUGCCUUCCUCAAACUUCAUCUACCCUCACACAAUGAUGACUAGGUUUAAAGCUCGUCAAAUGCCCUGUGCAAUUUAUUAUUCAUGGAGAUGUGAGUUGGUCUAGCGAUAAUAUCAGUGGUACGAUCAGGGCUAUGUCUGAUAAAGAGUUGAUAUCAAUCGCAGGUUAUUUGCGGUUGAUAUCAAUCACAACUAUGUACAUAAGAGAUAGGAGACUGCAAACUUCGAUUGAUUUGGAUCGAUCGUAACUCUUUAUAAGACGGGGCCCAGCUCUCUGUCUUCGCCUACAAAUUGACACCGAUCAGACCCAAGUUUGAACAGGUGUGUGACUCAUCUCCUCAAAUUCCUAUGUAAUGACCCUAUUUAGGUGGCAAGUACUUUUGCUAUGUGGAGAUUGCAAUUUUUCCAGCUCUACCGGUAUAUGCCUGUCAUUUGAAAUGUGACCCUUUGCGACCCCUUGGACAGAGUCGUUUUAAUAAGAUGCACAGUUAUUAUAUCUUCCACUCAUUUUCUCCCUUUUCCAUUUUUUAUGUAUAAAUAAUGAGAUCUUGUGCUUUAAGAAGUAGCGAUGUAUUCUCCCAUUAGGCACAUUGUUUUACUUUAAAAUGUUACUUAAUAUCAUUUUGCAAUUAUAUGAACUAUAGGUAUUCUAAAAUCGGUUUGUUACUUCAUCCUGAUAUGUAGGCUUGAAUCAGCCACACUGGUAGCAGCAUGAUUUGUUUUGUGAUUACUCAGAGCAAAGCUAUACAAGGUCUACGCAAAUGCAAGAUAAUUAAAGCAUGCCGUUUGCUUAUAUAUAUUAGUAUAUGUAUAUCUGGGAGUUCAUAUAUUAUUUUUUUUUAAAGAGAAACUAAACUGAUUUUUGCAUAUUCAAGCUUUUCAUAUUUCAUAACCUAAUCUAAAUAACACAAUUAACAGUAUAAAGCAAAUGCAGAUCUGCCAUGAAAUUUACAAAUCAUCUAUUCAGAAUGAGAAGGGUUUAACUCCCUGCCAUCUGUUGAUACUAUAGGAGUUAAUACCCUUCUACCUCCAAACAGACUGUAUUAACACAAAAUAAGCAAUAUCUUUCUGUAACCAAGAGAGUUCUAUGGAAUUAUUUUGCUUUGUUAAUCCAUCAGUUUAGAUCUUUUGUUUCAGGACAACAAAAUUAAAAUUGUCUGUGUUUAUGACAUAUAUGUAUUACAUUUUUCCCCCUAUGAAUUCAAUACACUUUGAUACUGCCGAAUCGCUUCUUUAGUCAGCUUCUUCAGCUUCUUUAGUCAAACGAUUCCUUUGAGUGAUGUCUUGAAGUGCAAUUUUUCGCAAGUUUUUAGUGAUUUUCUCAAGUAGUGUUUAUACUCCUUCAUUAUUGUCAUCCUCUUGUUUAGUAUAAUAUCAAUAAGGUGUAUUAUUUGUCCAAAAUGAUUUCAUUUUUAUGUCGCUUCAAUUUUUGUAUAACUGACUCCCUGAUUUUAACACUAGAGCAAUAUUAUUUAUGAUUUUAUAACUCAUUGUAAAUGGCAUUUUGUUUUAUUCUUCAUUCUUCACAAGUGUAUUUAUACCAAUUUAUCAUCAAUUGUAUUGAUUUUGAAAGCAAGCAUUUAAAAAUCAUUUAUAUAGCUAGCAAUUAGUCUGUAGAUAUGAGACGUGAGAUAGAUCCUUAGGACAUCACAUAGAUGAUAAUUUUACAUGUACUUGACAAAGAUGUUUGAGUAGAUCUUAGAUAGUUUAUAAAAUCAUUAAUAUUCUUCACCCUAGUGCAAAAAAAACAACAGAUAUAGACAUAGGUUUUGCAAACAUGGAUGAAAUUAGAAUGAAUAUUGUAUGCUUUCAUGAUCUGGAGUGUAAGAUUGUUUUAGCACUUAAGUGAAUGCACUCUUGCCUGAUGUUUUGUACACGGAUGUAAUUAGAUUGAGGUCACAUUUUAAAUGUUAUUAUGUUAGCCAUUGAUUAUUUGUAAUAUGGAAUAAGGGAUAUAGUCGUUAAAGAGAUAGUUGUUAUAGUCAUAUGACAUGUUACUAGUAGUAUUAGAAUAGUAGGCAUUGAGUAAGGUAGAAGUUGUAGAAACAUUAUAGAUAUUUGAGACAUUGGUCCAUAUAUUUUAUAGAGGUGUUGUGGUCUAGUGGAUAUGUCAUCGGACUAUGGAUCACAUGGUUCAUGGUUCGAGUCUAGUCGCAGCACUAAUGUCCUUUGGCAAGACAUUAAUCUACAUUUGCCACUCUCCAUCCAGGUGAAGUAAAUGGACACCCGGUAGAAAGAAAUUCCUUGAAUGCAUUAGCACUUUAUUAUGGCAGAUCAGCUACAGCUGGGGUUAUAAUAUGAAACUUUGUAUUAAGCACAGUAGUAGCUGCACUAUUGUAAAUGGAUGUUUCAUUAUUAUAUUUUAUUCACAGUUAAACCCAACACUGUGUUAAAGCUUGGCCAUAAGUGGAGUUUAACAAGAGAAGUUAGACUAAGGUCUCUUCUCGUCUAAGUUUGACCUUUGUUUGGCUUGACUGUAAUCCUCUUGUUGGGUCUAACUGAACCAUUAUAAGUUUGACCACGGGGAAUGUUUAUUCAUAUAGACUUUGGAUACAUGUGUACUGAUGUUGUGGAGUUUACAGUAUGCAGUUUUUUUUAUAGAAAUCUUAAGCUUACAUUAUAUUGUAGCUUUGAGGGGAUAAUUGUUUUAUAAUAUCCUGCUUUAUCAUGGAAUCUGAUUAACUGAAAUGUGUGGUUACUUGCUGUGUGAUUUCAUUGUACUUGUAUUGUAAUGAACUUGCAAUGAAAGUGAUUUUAUAUAGUUAUUGGCAUUAUGCCACUCUAAUAUUCUGAGAAUGGGAAAUAACUCAUCGUUUGUCAUGCAAGUAUGAAUUUUUGUGAAGUGCAGAAUAUUUUACGGAAAGUUUGGAACAAUAUUUGUGCUACUUGGUGAUAACAGUUGUGUGAUAAAUGAUUCCUUGUGUCAAAAGAAAUGUAUAAACUGAAUAGAAAUGUUCUCUAUGUAAAGCAUCUGUUUUUAUGAUAUAUGCAGAUAUAUUAUUUUUGUUCGAUUCAUUGCAGCAGUAAAUUCAUGUACCUCUGUCUGUCGUUACAAACUUUAGGAAAGAUGAAGAUUGAUUAUGAAAAGAUUUAUUUUGUAUCAUAAUGAAUGUGUACAUAGUGUAUAAUAGAACUUAAUUACAUUAAAGACUUAUGUGCUAAUGAUAUCAUA